AACAUACCCGAGCAUGGACGACGCCCCAGCUGAGAAACAGUUCGUGGGUUGCCUAUCAACCAUACAUACACCGUCACCGGCCCGAUCCAUUACAGCCAUGCUAGGGCUUGUUGAGUGUCAGUGUCGUAGAUGAGACACUAACUGAAUGAUGGCCUAAUCUUCAGCGUUUAGUUUUUCCCAACACUACUAAACCUUCCCGAGGAAAUCCUGAACUGGAAUUUUGUUAUUAUUACGGUUAUUUUGGGAUAUUACAGCAGUAGCUAACCGAGAGCUAUUUGGCUUUGACCACUCCGGCCAGGUGGAGUUUCAGGAUGCAGCAGUACUGAGGAUGCUGAUUGUCUUAGUUUUGCUCAUGAUGGUUGGGAGCAGUGAAGCACAGGGAUGCACACCCCCGGAGAGCUGCUCCGGCUCCAACGCCACCUUCAGCAACACCUCCAGGGACUACUGCUAUACGGCCCGGAUCCGCAGCACCGUGCUCCAGGGCCUGCCCUUCGGAGGAGUGCCCACCGUACUCGCGCUCGACUUCAUGUGCUUCUUGGUGCUGCUGUGUGUGUUCUCUGUCUUGAGGAAGGUGGCGUGGGAUUAUGGCCGUCUCGCGUUGGUCUCUGAUGCCGACAGGCGGAAUCAGCACUAUCAGCGUCUGGACGAGGAAUAUGUGGCCUCCGCCAUGCAGACGCCUGCUGACUCCCGAUACGAGCGUCUCACCUCUGUGUCCAGCUCGGUCGACUUUGACCAAAGGGACAACGGUUUCUGUUCCUGGCUAACAGCCAUCUUCAGGAUAAAAGAUGAUGAGAUCAGGGAGAAGUGUGGCGAGGACGCCGUGCACUACCUCUCAUUCCAGAGGCACAUCAUUGGUCUGUUGGUGGUGGUGGGCGUGCUCUCUGUGGGCAUUGUCCUGCCCGUCAACUUCUCAGGAGACCUAUUAGAAAAUAAUGCCUACAGUUUUGGGCGAACUACAAUAGCCAACUUGAAAUCAGAUAAUAACCUGCUAUGGCUACACACUACAUUUGCCUGCUUAUAUCUGUUACUGACUGUGUACAGCAUGAGGAGACACACAUCAAAGAUGCACUACAAAGAGGAUGACUUGGUGAAACGCACUUUAUUCAUUAACGGGAUCGCCAAAUAUGCAGAAGAGAGUGAAAUAAAGCAGCAUUUCGAGAAAGCAUAUGAAAACUGCAUAGUUCUGGAUGCGCGUAUUUGUUACGAUGUUGCCAAGCUUAUGUCUCUGGAGUCUGAAAGGAAAAAGGCAGAACGCAGCAAAAAGUUCUACACAGACCUGAUGUCCAAGGAGCACAUCCCCACUAUGAUUAACCCCAAACCCUGCGGACACCUCUGCUGCUGCAUCAUCAAUGGCUGCGAGCAGGAAGAGGCUGUCCACUACUACACUAAGCUUGAGGCCAAACUAAAGGAAGAAUACAGAAAAGAACGUGAGAAAGUCAACACAAAACCUCUGGGAAUGGCUUUUGUUACCUUCCAGAAUGAAGCCAUGACAGCCCUCAUCCUGAAAGAUUUCAAUGCGUGUCAGUGUCACGGCUGUCACUGUCGACGAGAGCCGAAGUCCUCCCCCUUCAGCAAUGGCCUCAGCACAUUUAACUGGACGGUCACAUAUGCUCCAGAUCCACAAAAUGUUUACUGGGAGCAUUUGUCCGUUGGUGGCCUCAACUGGUGGCUCCGCUGCCUCGUCAUCAACUGCUUUCUCUUCAUCUUGCUCUUCUUCCUCACCACCCCUGCCAUUAUCAUCACCACCAUGGACAAGUUCAACGUCACCAAACCCGUGGAGUACCUGAACAACCCCAUCAUCACUCAGUUCUUCCCCACCCUGCUGUUGUGGUGCUUCUCGGCCCUUCUCCCCACCAUCGUCUACUACUCUGCCUUCUUUGAGGCCCACUGGACACGAUCUGGAGAGAACAGAACCACCAUGCACAAAUGCUACACCUUCCUCAUCUUUAUGGUUCUGCUGCUGCCAUCUCUAGGCCUGAGCAGUUUGGAUGUUUUCUUCCGCUGGCUCUUUGACAAGACAUUUCUUGACCAGGCAAAAGUCCGAUUCGAGUGUGUCUUCCUUCCAGAUAAUGGAGCCUUCUUUGUGAACUAUGUUAUCGCGUCUGCUUUCAUUGGUAACGCCAUGGACCUGUUACGCAUUCCUUAUUUUCUCAUGUACAUGAUCCGACUGUGUCUGGCACGUUCAGCUGCCGAGAGGCGCAACGUAAAGAAGCAUCAAGCUUAUGAGUUCCAGUUUGGAGCUGCUUAUGCCUGGAUGAUGAAUGUCUUCACUGUGGUCAUGACCUACAGCAUCACCUGUCCAAUUAUUGUACCAUUUGGCCUGAUGUACAUGCUACUGAAGCACCUGGUGGACAGGUAUAACAUGUAUUAUGCCUACCUGCCCUCCAAACUGGAUAAGAAAAUCCACUCUGGAGCUGUCAACCAAGUGGUGGCAGCACCCAUCCUCUGCCUCUUCUGGCUUCUCUUCUUCUCUACUGUCCGCACAGGUUUUAAAGCUCCAACAUCAAUGUUUACUUUUGUGGUUCUGAUCCUCACCAUCAUCAUUUGCCUCUCCCAUGUCGUCUUCGGUCAUUUCAAAUACCUCAGUGCGCACAAUUAUAAGGUUGACAUGGACGGUGUGGACAAUGGACAACCACCAGGUUCAUCCCCACCUGUCAAGUCAAUGCAAACGUACGUCGCCCAAGUGCUACAGGACGAGAAGGGCAGUGGCGAGGACGAGGGCCAGGGGUCCUCGCAGGAUGAGGAAGUGGUGACCGAGGGUGAUUUCCAGUCAGGAGAGGACAGCCUUAUUGAGAACGAGGUGCAUCAGUGACCCAGGCUAGGGUCACACCAUGUGCUGAACUUACGAGAAACUAGCAGGAGAUCCACUACACCUCACUACACUUACUCUGUGUGUGCGUGUGUGUGUGAAUCCAUCAUGGCUGAGCGCUAAAACACUCCUUUAUCAUUGAGGCUUGGAGACAGGAUGGCCAAUUGUCAAGAAUCUGAAGUGGCUUGUGAUUGUCCUCCAACUAUAAGAAACUGGUUCAUCAUAGUUUCAUAGUUCAUUGUUUGCCCUGUUCGUACAGCAUUUGGUCAAUAGUGCCAAGUUUCUUGCCCUUACAAGCGCACGUCUAGUAAAUAAUACCAAAAAUAAUAAUGAUCACUCAUAAUUUGCCAUUUAAAAUUCAAUUUACCUAUGUUAUGAUGAAUUGAAACUGCUAUAGUGCCAUCUCAGGUGGGCAGUAAAAUCACAUAUCAGGGCGGAUAUCACCUCCAAAUCUUUUGCAUAAAGAGAAUAUCAUAGAUAGGACACUGGUUACAUAGGGUUAUACAGUUAAAAACAAAAACAGAUGUGUAUGGCAACAGAUAAUCUGUUUACAAUCUUUCAGUGAUUUCAGUGACAAUAUUGUGAGAAAUCACAUGUAUUAGAAAUGCUUGUGGAAUAAACAUCCAUCCGAAUGACAGACUGUUGAGCUGAAGUUUUGAGUUUGGCACCUUUAGAAACCAAAUAUUGUUCUUUUCUUGGCCUAGCUGAUAUGGCACUAUAGCACAAUAUGCAGAUUAAUUCAUGCAACUUUCCAUUCUUCUCUAACAAAGUGAAUGUAUUUAACAUAAAGCCCAUUACUAAUGGAAAACUCACUCCAGCCUGCUGAAUUAACGUAUUAUGAGGAAAACAGCCGCCGAACACUAAUUGUCUCAACUGGAAAAGCCACUUUCAGACUGCCUACAGACUCGAAGGCAAUUCGCCAUCCCUGUAACUAUUCAAGGUCAAAGUCAAACGCAUAUCCCACCGUCUUCUGCGCAUCUAAUGUUUCAAGAGUUUAAAGAUAAUCAUUACUAAUCCAUACUUGCGCUAGUAUGCGUGAUAUGACACUACUUUCUGAAUGAAUCAGGCACCAAAUGGACCAACUUUGUGUUGCUCUACUGUGGAAUGUUCUGUCCAUGACUGAUACUGUAGCAAAUUGAACUUAAACGCACAGCAGAUUCCCUAUGUGGACCUUAAGGUGGAAUUUUUCUUUUUAUUAUGCAUGGGUAUGAUGGUUUCAUCAGUUUUUUGUUUUGUUUUUUUGUUUUUUUUGGCGCUAACAAGUGAUAAUGUAGACAUUAACCAUUAAACAUCAAACAUAUAUUACUACUUAUAAAUUACUGUGCAUUGGAAACAUACCCAGAAUCUUUGAACAUCCUUAAAAUUGGGUAAUAUAUGAUGAUAGCAAGAUCUCAUUGGGUCAUAUAAGCAUAUGUGUCUUUAAUAUGGCCUUCUUUAUUGCUAUUGUGGUGUGUUCCUUUGCAUUUUUUACAAGAGAACUGGAAAUAAUAGAAUCCGUGCUUUGGUUCUUCUUACCUGUGUGCAUUCACUGACACUUGCAGUUCUGAGAUCAUUUGAUUGGGUUUAUGCAUCAUUUAGUGGUUGAAGCCUGAAAAAAAGAAUAAAAAAACUAGUACGAUGACCACUAUUUAUUGACCACUGAUUUUGUUUUGUUUUUUUGACAACUACACUCUUUAUAUCUGUUUGUCGCCAUGUUCGGACAUUUAUGCUACUUUGUCCAUUAUAUACAAAUUGCAUUUUUGCUCUCUGUGCAUUGUUGAAAUGCAGGUCAGAACUGGAAACUUAAUAUUUUAUUGGAGCAGACAAAGGCUGUGCCCGAGUACUUGCUUUAACAUCAUUUUAUUUUCUUUGUCCAGCCCCUAAUUUUGUUAAUCGUUCCUGCUAGUGGACCUAAAUAGUUCUCAUUGUGUCAUUUGUUUACAGGAAUAGCAAUGCAGUGUUUGAACUGUCAUUUUCUGCAACAAAUGUUGACUUGAAACAGUCAUCAGGUGUAAGCUUGUGAAUUAGAACAUUAGGAAGCUAAUCAGUGAUAUUUUUAGUGGGGAUGCACCGAUACCAAGCUCAUGUACUUGUACUCGUACUCGAAAUACCCCCGAUACCAAAGAGAGAUACCUCACGUGAUGUAACUGACAGAAUUUUUCGUGCACAGUGUGGAAAUACUUCAAAAUGAAUGAUGACAACCCACACAUUGCGAACUGCAUGCAAAUCGCGCUGAAUGACACAGACCAGAAGCGCUCUGUCUUGCACGCGAUCCCUGUUUUCUCAGACAGCUCGCGAUCCUUGAUCUCUCAGACGAUCCCACAUCUCUCAGAAAGUGUGCGCGAUCCUACAUCUCUUGGACAGCUCGCGAUCCCAGAUCUCUCAGACAGCACGUGAUCCCGGUUCUCUCAGACAGCGCGCGAUCCCAGAUCUCUCAGACGAUCCCACAUCUCUCAGAAAGCGUGCGCGAUCCUACAUCUCUCAGACAGCGCACGAUCCCAGAUCUCUCAGACAGCUCGCGACCCUGGAUCUCUCAGACAGCACGCGAUCCCAGUUCUCUCAGACAGCGCGCGAUCCCGGUUCUCUCAGACAGCGCGCGAUCCCAGUUCUCUCAGACAGCGCGCGAUCCCAGAUCUCUCAGACAGCGCGCGAUCCCGGUUCUCUCAGACAGCGCGCGAUCCCAGAUCUCUCAGACAGCGCGCGAUCCCAGAUCUCUCAGACAGCUCGCGAUCCUGGAUCUCUCAGACGAUCCCACAUCUCUCAGAAAGCGUGCGCGAUCAUACAUCUCUCAGACAGCGCACGAUCCCGGUUCUCUCAGACAGCUCGCGAUCCCGGUUCUCUCAGACAGCGCGCGAUCCCGGUUCUCUCAGACAGCGCGCGAUCCCGGUUCUCUCAGACAGCGCGCGAUCCCAGUUCUCUCAGACAGCUCGCGAUCCCGGAUCUCUCAGACAGCUCGCGAUCCCAGAUCUCUCAGACAGCGCGCGAUCCCGGUUCUCUCAGACAGCUCGCGAUCCCAGAUCUCUCAGACAGCUCGCGAUCCCGGAUCUCUCAGACAGCUCGCGAUCCCAGUUCUCUGACAGCACGCGAUCCCGGAACUCUCAGACGAUCCCACAUCUCUCAGAAAGCGUGCGCAAUCCUACAUCUCAGACAGCGCGCGAUCCUGGUUCUCUCAGACGAUCCCACAUCUCUCAGAAAGCGCGCGUGAUCCUACAUCUCUCAGACAGUGCGCAAUCCCGGAUCUCUCAGACGAUCCCACAUCUCUCAGAAAGCGUGCGCAAUCCUACAUCUCAGACAGCGCGCGAUCCUGGUUCUCUCAGACGAUCCCACAUCUCUCAGAAAGCGCGCAUGAUCCUACAUCUCUCAGACAGUGUGCGAUCCCGGAUCUCUCAGAAAGCACGCGCGAUCCCAGUUCUCUCAGACAGUGCGCAAUCCCGGAUCUCUCAGACGAUCCCACAUCUCUCAGAAAGCGUGCGUGAUCCUACAUCUCUCAGACAGCUCGCGAUCAGUUCUCCUUGCGCCUGAAUGGUCAAAUGCACAAAUGUCGAUAGUUGUCAAAUUGUCCAUCGUUUGGAGUAUUUCACGUAAAUAGUCGGUUAUGGCUUAAGUUGCCACAUCACACAAAAAAAAAGAAGAAAUUAAUAAAUGUAUAGGCAUCGGUAUCGGCAAGUACCAGGAAAAAAAAUAUCGGUACUCGGUCCUUAAAAAAUGGUAUCGGUGCAUCCCUAAUGUUUAGUUAAUUUAUGUAUAUAAUCACACUAAUCUACCAAUCACUGAGGAGCUUUGUAACUUUUAAAUGCAAAUAACACUGUAGGCUAUGCACUUCAUGUGAAAUAUGUAACAUUAUCAUGGUGUAUGUAACAAUUUCAAGCCAUUUUUGUUUUUCUCAUUGAUCUUGUUUGGACAACAUUGAGUAACUUUGUACGUCUGACGCUCUUGCUGCUUAGAUACUGUAGGUGAUGUCCGUAUGACUGCAUCCCGGAUCUGUUUAAGGAAAAACACUGUUCUGAAGCAUGAUGCGGUGGCAAUAAUUUAUUUAUGCAUCUUUAUGACUUUUCCUGUUUGUUACAGAUGUUGUCCACAGUAUUUAUUUCAUUUGUCUAUUAUUUUAUUCCAUCUUUUGAAUUAACUGGCUGUUGACCUGGAAUGAAGAGGUUAAAUCACUGUAAUAUUUUUGUAAAUAGAAGCAUUGCGCUGCUCUCGGAACACUAAACUGUAUUUACAUUUGUACAGCUUAGUCAGCGAAACCGUGUACAGUCAACCAUGAAUUGUUUGCUUUUGUCCAUUCAGAGUUCCCUUAAGAUCGUACUAUGCUUGCGAUUGCUGUUUUUAAUAGUUUUGUAUCUCAACCUCCCCUCAAAUGAUCUUUUGUACAGUGUCAUCUUCAAACUCUUACAUGUCUUUGAACAAUAAAAUAGACAUUUACUGACAAAACCA